AAAAGAGAAGAGAGAAGCAGCUAUAUAGCUAGCUAGCACCUCACUGCCUUCAAACACACACUCUUCAACUCAUAACUAAACGAAACCCUAAUACUUCUAUAAUGGGUUCCCAGGGCUCCGCGUCCGACAUAUCUCUGCCACAUGUCUUGCUCGUGUCCUUUCCCGGCCAAGGCCACGUCAACCCACUCCUCAGGCUCGGCAAGCGGAUGGCCAGCAAGGGCCUCCUCGUCACUUUCUCCGCCCCCGAAUCCGUCGGCCGGGAUAUGAGAAAAGCCAACCCCAACCUCGCCUCCGCCGAACCCACCCCCUACGGCCGAGGCUUCGUCAGGUUCGAGUUCUUCGACGACGAGUUUGACCACGCUGAGCCCAAGGGCGAGGAUCUUAACCUUUACAUGGACCAUCUCAGGCGCGUCGGGUCCCACAAGAUCACCCUCAUGAUCGAGAAGCACAAGGAGGAGGGCCGGCCGGUUUGUUGCCUCAUCAAUAACCCUUUUAUUCCCUGGGUGUCCGACGUGGCGGAGAGCCUCGGGAUUCCCAGUGCUAUGCUUUGGGUCCAAUCCUGCGCUUCGUUCUCCGCUUAUUACCAUUACUUUCACAAGCUCUUUCCCUUUCCUUCCCUGUCCGAGCCUGAAAUUGACGUCCAGUUGCCAUGCAUGCCGCUGUUAAAGUACGAUGAAGUCCCUAGUUUUUUACACCCUUCGAGCCCGCUCCCGUUCCUGGCCAGGGCUAUUUUGGGGCAGUUCGAAAAUUUGUCCAAACCCUUCUGUAUACUAAUGGACACGUUUCAAGAGCUGGAGGGAGACAUCCUCGAACACGUGUCCGAGAUUUGCCCCGUCAAGACUGUGGGCCCGCUCUUCAAAGACCCCACGCACCAGUCGUCAAAGGAAGUGGUCAGCGCUGACUUCGUGAAAGCCGACGACUGCAUCGGCUGGCUCGACUCCAAGCCGCCGGGAUCCGUCGUGUACAUUUCCUUCGGCAGCAUCGUCGUCCUGAAGCAAGACCAAGUCAACGAGAUCGCCCACGGCUUGCUGAGCUCCGGCGUGAGCUUCUUGUGGUCGAUGAAGCCGCCGAGCAAAGGGUCGGCUUUCAAGCCGGUGAGCCUGCCGGAAUGGUUCCUGGAGAAGGCCGGGGUGAACGGGAAGGUGGUGCAGUGGACCCCACAGGAGCUCGUGCUGGCCCACCCUUCGGUGGCCUGCUUCGUGACUCACUGCGGGUGGAACUCCUCUGUGGAAGCCCUCACCAUAGGAGUGCCCGUCGUGGCUUUCCCGCAGUGGGGAGACCAAGUCACCAACGCCAAGUUUUUGGUGGAUGUGUUCAAGACGGGAAUCAGGCUGUGUAGAGGUGAAGGGGAAGACCGGAUAAUUCCGAGGGAGGAGAUUGAGAAGUGUUUGGUGGAAGCAACGGUGGGCGAGAAGGCGGCGGAGAUGAAGGAGAAUGCGUUGAAGUGGAAGAAGAAGGCGGAGGAAGCGGUGGAACACGGCGGCUCGUCCGACCGUAAUUUGCAGGAAUUUGUGGACAAGAUACUCUCGUUAUCAUCGGGAGAUUGUACCAUGUUUAGUAAAAAAUAAUUAAACCUUUCUUUAUUAAUAAUAAUAAUACGGAGUAAUUUCCUAACGAACGGACGAUCAAUAUACAAUUAAGUUGGGUCACACACUCACAUUUUAUUGAUAUUAGAGUAAUUACAAAAAAGUUUGGUGUUAAUAAUUUAAUUAGUAUUUGUGGACUAAAAUUUAACUAAAAUGCACUAAUUUAAGGUAGAUUUUAUGGUACUCUUAAGAUACAAUACUUUUGUCCACAUGGACCAAUCAAAAUGUUGCAGUUGAAUUAUUUAAAUCUAAAUUAAAAAUGAUCUAAAUUAAAAAUGAUAUAAUGAUUUGGACCAAUCAAAUGGAUGGUAGGUACUGUACCCCAUUUUUUAAAUAGGUACCGGAGUUGUCACCCUAAUUUAAUAUACUUCGUAUCUACGAGUAAUACAUGUCGUACGUGCGUAUUAUUUUAAUUUAGUGCAAAGAUCACGAGUUUGCAUGGGUUUGUAGUUUGUACGUGCACGUGAUUACUUGAACUAGUUUAUGGAGCAAUUUUUUGUUUACAUCUAGGCGGAAUUGAGGCCC